AUGUCUCUGAGCAGCGCCUUCAGGGCUGUGGGCAACGACCCUGGGAUCAUCACCUGGAGAAUAGAGAAAAUGGAGCUGGCGCUCGUGCCCCAGAGUGCCCAUGGCAGCUUCUAUGAGGGGGACUGCUACAUCAUCCUCUCGACCCGGAGAGCGGGCAGUCUCCUCUCCCAGGACAUCCACUUCUGGAUCGGGAAGGACUCCUCCCAGGACGAGCAGAGCUGCGCGGCCAUCUACGCCACACAGCUGGACGACUACCUGGGCGGCAGCCCCGUGCAGCACCGCGAGGUCCAGUACCAUGAGUCCGACACCUUCCGCGGCUACUUCAAGCAGGGCAUCAUCUACAAGAGGGGGGGCGUGGCCUCUGGGAUGAAGCACGUGGAGACCAACACGUACGACGUGGAGCGGCUGUUGCACGUGAAGGGGAAGAGAAACAUCAGGGCCACGGAGGUGGAAAUGAGCUGGGACAGUUUUAACGGAGGAGAUGUCUUCUUGCUGGACCUUGGGAAGGUUAUCAUCCAGUGGAAUGGUCCAGAGAGCAACAGCGGGGAGCGUCUGAAGGCAAUGCUCCUGGCAAAGGAUAUUCGGGACAGGGAGCGAGGGGGCCGCGCUGCAAUAGGAGUGAUCGAGGGAGACAAGGAGGCAGCAAGCCCAGAGCUGAUGAAGAUCCUUCAGGACACCCUCGGCCGGCGUUCUGUUAUCAGGCCUGCAGUCCCAGAUGAGGUCGUAGAUCAGCAGCAGAAAUCAAAUAUCAUGUUAUAUCACGUCUCAGACUCAGAUGGGCAGCUGGUGGUCAGAGAGGUAGCGACGAGGCCUCUGGUCCAGGACCUGCUGAGCCAUGAUGACUGCUACAUCCUGGACCACAGCGGAACCAAGAUCUACGUGUGGAAAGGAAGAGGAGCCACGAAGGCUGAGAAGCAGAUGGCCAUGUCUAAGGCCCUGAACUUCAUCAAGAUGAAGGGCUACCCCAGCAGCACCAACGUGGAGACCGUCAACGAUGGUGCUGAGUCAGCCAUGUUCAAGCAGCUGUUCCAGAAGUGGUCGGUGAAGGAGCAGACCGUGGGCCUGGGGAAGACGUUCAGCGUUGGUAAAAUUGCUCAAGUUUCCCAGGAUAAAUUUGAUGUGACGCUGCUGCACAAACCAGAGGUAGCUGCCCAGGAAAGGAUGGUGGAUGAUGGCGAUGGGAAAGUUGAGGUCUGGAGAAUCGAAAACCUGGAGCUGGUCCCCGUGGAGCAUCAGUGGCACGGCUUCUUCUACGGAGGAGACUGCUACCUGGUUCUCUACACAUUCGAGGUCUACGCGAAGCCCCAUUACAUCUUGUACAUCUGGCAGGGCCGCCACGCCUCGCAGGACGAGCUGGCCGCCUCGGCGUUCCGGGCGGUGGAGGUGGACCGGAAGUUCGAUGGGGCCCCCGUGCAGGUUCGGGUCACCAUGGGGAAGGAGCCACGCCACUUCAUGGCCAUCUUCAAAGGGAAGCUGGUCAUCUUUGAGGGUGGGACUUCCAGGAAGGGCAAUGCCGAGCCCGACCCUCCAGUAAGGCUCUUUCAAAUUCAAGGAAAUGACAAAUCUAACACCAAAGCAGUGGAGGUGCCAGCCUUUGCCUCCUCCCUGAACUCCAAUGACGUCUUUCUGCUGCGGGCCCAGGCAGAGCACUACCUGUGGUACGGCAAGGGGUCCAGUGGGGAUGAGCGGGCAAUGGCUAAGGAGCUGGCCGGGCUCCUCUGUGAUGGCACUGAGGACACUGUGGUUGAGGGGCAGGAGACGCCAGCGUUCUGGGACCUGCUGGGAGGGAAAGCUCCCUAUGCCAAUCACAAAAGACUGCAGCAGGAACUCCUGGAUGUCCAGCCCCGUCUCUUUGAAUGCUCCAAUAAGACUGGCCGGUUCAUGGUCACCGAGAUCACAGAAUUCACCCAGGAUGACCUGAACCCAGGUGAUGUGAUGCUCUUGGACACCUGGGACCAGGUGUUCUUGUGGAUCGGGGCUGAGGCCAAUGCCCUGGAGAAGGAGAGAGCUCUGGCUACAGCCCAGGAGUACCUGCACACUCACCCUAGUGGCCGAGACACUGACACACCGAUCCUGAUCAUCAAGCAGGGGUUCGAGCUUCCCAUCUUCACAGGCUGGUUCUUGGCCUGGGACUCUCACAUGUGGAGUGCAGGGAAAUCCUAUGAGCAGUUAAAGGAAGAGCUGGGAGACACUGCUGCCAUCACGAGAAUCACUGCUGACAUGAGUAAUACAACUUUCUCCCUGAAUUCUAAAAUAAAAUAUUACCCUAUCGACGUUCUAUUGAAAAAUCAGGAUCAAGAGCUGCCGGAGGAUGUGGACCCUGCCAAGAAGGAGAAUUACCUCUCUGAACAGGACUUUGUUUCUGUGUUCGGCAUCACAAGAGGGCAAUUUGCUGCUCUGCCUGGCUGGAAACAGCUCCAAAUGAAGAAAGAAAAGGGGCUUUUCUAA